GAGUAGACUGAGCUCAGACUGGAGAUUGAUCAGCAUCCGCUCAGCUUUUUCACAGUGUGCUAGCUGCCUUUUCGACUCCACCCUUAUGGAUUUUACUGUGCUGUAAUUUUUUUAAACGACACAUUUGAAUACUCGAUGCUUGUUAAACUAGGAAGCUGUAUUUUUUAUUCGUCGGGUGAGGUAAAUACAGAGGAUCACGCACAUGUAGCCGUUGUGAAGCUAGCUGAGGAAGUGGACAGUUAAGUUACUUUUCAUCCCUGCAUGGUGGAAGGAGACGCGAAAUGCCACAAAAAUCGACAUCUCGGCCUCUUCCAGGGCGUCUAAUAUCUUCGUCAUCAUUCACAGGAUUACUUGGAGCUCUCUGCAACUGUAUAGUUAAAUUGAAUUGAUGGUAAAAUCCAUCAUCCACAGCUAGCCCAUUAGCCAACUCCCCAAGUGUUUUCGUUUUUACAGAGUAUUAACAGUUUAUGUCGUGUCAGUCUUCUCCCCCCCCCCACAGAUAGUAAUUUAGAUUGCGUUUAGAAAAUGUCCUUUUUCAAUUUUCGGAAGAUAUUUAAACUGGGGACGGAGAAGAAGAAGAAACAAUAUGAGCACGUUCACAGAGACAUCAACCCAGAGGAGGUUUGGGAGAUCGUGGGAGAACUUGGGGAUGGAGCCUUUGGGAAAGUCUACAAGGCUCAGAACAAACAGACCGGGAUCCUGGCUGCAGCUAAAGUGAUCGACACCAAAACAGAAGAGGAGCUGGAGGACUACAUGGUGGAGAUCGACAUCCUCGCCUCCUGUGACCAUCAGUACAUAGUCAAACUGCUGGAUGCUUUCUAUUAUGAGAGCAAACUAUGGAUUCUCAUUGAGUUUUGUGCUGGAGGAGCAGUGGAUGCUGUGAUGUUGGAGCUGGAGCGGGCAUUGACAGAGCCUCAGAUCCGGGUUGUGUGUAAACAUACUCUGGAGGCGCUGGCUUACCUCCAUGAGAAUAAGAUUAUACACCGGGACCUAAAAGCUGGAAAUAUUCUCUUUACAUCAGAUGGAGAAGUCAAAUUGGCUGACUUUGGAGUGUCUGCAAAGAAUACAAAGACCCUUCAGAGAAGAGACUCUUUCAUUGGAACACCAUACUGGAUGGCACCCGAGGUGGUGAUGUGUGAGACGUCGAAGGACAGACCGUAUGACUACAAAGCAGACAUCUGGUCCCUGGGGGUGACUCUGAUCGAGCUGGCACAGAUCGAGCCGCCUAACCACGAGAUGAACCCAAUGAGAGUCCUGCUAAAAAUAGCAAAGUCUGAGCCCCCCACACUUGCAAUUCCAUCACGAUGGUCUCCUGAGUUCAGUGAUUUCCUGCAGAAAGCACUGGAUAAAAAUGUAGACAACAGGUGGAGUGCACUGCAGCUCUUACAGCAUCCAUUUGUUUCAAAUGUGAUGGAUAACAAACCAGUGCGAGAGCUGAUUGCUGAGGCUAAAGCCGAAGUGUUUGAGGAGUUUGAAGAGGGCAAAGAGGAAGAGGAAGAAGAAGAGCCAGAGUCCCAGCUGGUGGUGUCUGGACACAAAUGUGCAUUAUCGGACACCAGCGUUGGCAGCUUGGAGGAUGAGAGGCAGUAUCAGAACACAUCAACUCUCGAGUCAGUCACAGAGAAGGCUGAACCUGAAAGAAAGCCCAGUUCAGAGGAUCAAGUUAGUGAUAAUACCUCUGACAUGAUGGCGGAUGCCAGCAAACCCAACCAUGCUAAGGAUGAGAAGGUAAAGGAGGUCAGUCCAUCAGACACCAGCACUGAGGAAUCACGUUCUGGUGAGAAGGCUAUUUCAAAACACAAAGAAUCUCCCACACCUGUGACCACAGAAGUAGAAAUUUCUGGUCAGCCAAAUCCUCGUGUGUCAAAUGACACUGUCCUCCAAGAGAUCGUAACCGUCAGUGAGGAAACUGGGGAGGAUGAAAAGAAGGAAGUGAAGGUGGAAGAGCCACCAAAGAAGAAAAAAGAAGAGUGUAAAGAAACACAGCAAGAAGCCAAAAUGCAAAACACCACAGAUGACGAAGACAAACCUACCCUGCCUUCAGAUAUAGCUGAACCAGAGAACAAAUCUGAUGGGGUUACUGAAGAAGCUAUCACAGAACCAAUUGAGGUUGCAGAAAAAACCGAAGACAAAAUUGAGAAAGAGAAAGAAAUGAAUAAAAAGAAACCAACAGAAGAGUUAGAGGAGGAGCAAACUGAAAUUUCACCAGAUGUUUCUACAGAAGAGGUAAAGGAGGAUCUUCCUCCAGUGGCAACAGUGGACCAAGAAAAAGCUGGAGAUAAGUGUGAGAGUUCAGAACCCAAAGACGAUCUUGCAACCAAGGGGGUAGAUGUAGUAGAGGAAAAAAUUGUGAAUGAAUUCCCUGUUGUUGUCAUCAAUGGUAUAAGAGAAGAGGAGGUCAGCGCAACGGAGGAACCUCAAGAAGCCCAUGAAGACAGACCAGAGAUCCAGGAAGCAUCUACCAUGCCUGAGAGUGACCAGAAUGCAGAGGUAGCGAAACCUGAUGUUGAAAAGGAGAAAGACUCUGACUCGGGCCUCAGUUCUGCUGCAGAUACUAACAGCAUUGACAUUAAUCUGUCAAUCUCCAGCUUUCUCUCCAAAAGCAAAGAAGGAUCUCUUUCAGUACAGGAUAUCAAGCGCCAGAAGAAAACACUGAAAAAGACUCGCAAGUUUAUGGUCGACGGGGUGGAAGUCAGUGUCACCACAUCCAAGAUGGUCACCGACAAUGACACUAAGAGUGAGGAACUGAGAUUUUAUAGGCGUCAGGAGUUACGAGAACUGAGGUUGCUGCAAAAAGAGGAGAAAAGAGCUCAACAGCAGCUUAGCGAUAAACUGCAGCAGCAGAAAGAGCAGCUCUUCAGGCGCUUCGAGCAGGAAAUGACGGGGAAGAAGCGUCAGUAUGACCAAGAGGUGGAGAACCUAGAGAAACAGCAGAAACAGACCAUAGAGCGUUUGGAGCAGGACCACACCAACCGGCUAAGAGAUGAGGCCAAGAGGAUCAAAGCAGAGCAGGACAAGGAGCUCUCCAAGUUCCAGAACAUGCUGAAGAACCGCAAAAAAGAGGUCAAACAAGAGGUCGGAAUGUCCCCUAAACACUUGAGAAAAGAGCUCAUGAAACGCUUAAAGGAAGACCUAGCAGUCGUUCAACAUGAAGAGGAGCAAGAGUUUCUCCAGAAGCAGCAACAGGAGCUGGAUGGAGCUCUAAAGAAGAUCAUUCAGCAGCACAAACUAGAGAUCGCCACUAUUGAGAGAGACUGUCUCAACCACAAGCAGCAGCUCAUGAGAGCUCGAGAGGCAGCCAUGUGGGAGCUGGAGGAGCGCCACCUGCAGGAGAAACACCAGUUGCUGAAGCAGCAGCUGAAGGAUCAAUACUUCAUGCAAAGACAUCAGCUCCUCAAAAGGCAUGACCAGGAGAAGGAGCAGAUGCAGGGCUAUAACCAGCGUCUGAUAGAGGAGAUGAAGAACAGGCAGGCACAGGAAAAAACUCGACUGCCCAAGAUCCAGCGCAGUGAAGCCAAGACCCGUAUGGCAAUGUUUAAAACGAGCCUGCGGAUCACUGGAACGGGAACACCAGAGCAGGACAGAGAGAAGAUCAAACAGUUUGCCACUCAGGAGGACAAGAGACAGAAGAUUGAGAGACUUCAUCAGCAUCAGAAGCAUGAGAACCAGAUGAGAGACCUGCAGCUGCAGUGUGACUCCAACAUCAGAGAACUACAACAGAUGCAGAAUGAGAAAUGCCACCUCCUGAUUGAGCAUGAGACUCAAAAGCUGAAGGAGCUGGAUGAGGAGCACGGUCAGGAACUGAAAGACUGGAGGGAGAAGCUUCGUCCAAGGAAGAAGGCUCUGGAGGAAGAGUUCACACGUAAAAUGCAGGAACAGGAAGUCUUCUUUAAGAUGAGCGGAGAGUCCGAAUGCCUCAAUCCAACCGCCCAGAGCAGAGUCUCUAAAUUUUACCCCAUUCCCAGUGUGCACUCCUCCAGCUCUUAAUAUUCACUGAGCUUUAUCUAAAGUGAGGGAGAGCUGUUCCAGUCAAGAGCCCAUUAGCCUUUUAAAGGUAUGAAAUCAGAAAAGAUGUCACAGGGUUGAUAUGAAAUUCCAGAAAACCUGAAAGCUGGAAUCUUACAGUGAUGGACAAACCCCAUGCAUUACCUGCACAUGCUUUUUUGCCACAUUGCAUCCAACAGAUUAACACUUUAGUUUUCUGUAUGUUGUCUUCUAGUCACGUUAAUUUGUGCUUCGAGACAUUAGCACAAAUUAGCAGUGAAUACACUCAGGCAAUAUCAUCUUGUCUUUGUGGAAUACAUGCAUGAGAAAGCCUUAAUGAGGGUCACUGAUGCCCAUAACAAACAAAACAUCACAAACAAAAAAUAUACCACUUAAAUAGUGAUAGGUCAUAUUUAACAGGACACGUGGACACUAGUCACUGUUACACUCAAUUCUCUAAAUGUUCAAAUGAAGCUUCAGUACUGUUUGGUCUUGUAGCAGCAGCUGUUAUAUGUUGUAUUUGUUGAAUACUCUGGCCUAUUCUGUUUUUAAUGUCCACGUAAAGAUACUUUUAAAACAAACUACUCUUUUUAACUUUUUCUUUUACUGUUUGACUUAUGGUGAAAGAUAUUUGCAGUCAAGGAAUGUAACCCGUAAGAUGACAUUGCACACUUUAAAGCAAAAACAUAUGCAGUAGUGAUCUCUUUGUGCAUUUUGAAGGAAACAAAUAUUUGUAUACAAUGAUGUCUUUGUAUACAAGUCACUUUGUGGUCCAGAGUACCUGAGUUUAUUUUUUUAAGCAAGUUAAUAUCACAUCUUUGAAGAAGAAUAGGGCAGUCUUUGCCUUCUUGAAUGUUUCAUAUAUGGUGUUAGAAAGUUAUUUAUGGAUUUAACUUUUUAUUGUUAGUUCUUUUUCCUGUUUCAUCAAUAUAUAAGGGCAGUAUGAACUUGCACAUGUUAGAUGGUUUAUCUGCAGUUUAGUUUUUUUUUUUAUUAAAGGGGACAAUGUCCCCUUCUUUGAUCAAUGUAGAGCAGUGUUUAGUCCAUUGCAGUCCACAGAAGUGCUUCAGUGGGAAGAGAUGAACGUUUCUCACUGUUGCGGAGGACUUUUCAUCUGAUUCAAGCUCUAUUUUUGAUAACACGUUUUGUGCAAAAAAAUUACACACCUGUAUCUUAUCCAUAAUAUGACAUGCUGUGCUCAUAUACUUUUUGCAUGCUGAAAUAAAUCCAAAAUGCUGUAAUUUAACAGAGGCAUGAACUUUUUGAAUAGACGAUGCAUUUUACAAAGGCUGGUUCUAAAAGUUAGUUUUGCACAAAGAGUGCAUUAAACAUCAGGAUACUUGUUCAGAGACAGAACACUGCUGACCCUAAGCUCCUGCAGCAAUUUGAUGGAAUAUCUGAUGCAUAUUUUUAGGUCAGUUUAAGUAUCUAAUUGCUUGUGUCCAUUGGUAUGCUGUAAAUAAAACUCAUUGUAUUUUCUUUGAUUCGUUUGGUGUGUUUUUUUUUUGUAGCUCAGUAUCGAAACCGUUUGGGUAGGAGUAAAAUCAUACUCCAUUCUUUGUUACACAUUCAGUGGCUUUUUACUUGUAAUAAUAACUCACAUUAAAGCACAUUUAAAAAAAAAAAAA